GCAGUGGUGGUGUCGGUUGGGUGUCUCGGUGUUGCCUGUGGUGUUCGCGAGCCUUCCCCCCUCCCUCCCUCCUCCCAACUCUCGGUAGUUCGUGAUUUUCGUGCGGCGGACCUGUUGCUCCUGCUGUAACUCCCGCAGGAGCUGGAGGAGGCCGCGAGAGUUCGAAAAGUCUCCCUCCCUCCCUCCGCACAACACCUUCUACCGUCGAGGCUCCGGACAUUCGAAAAGUACGUGUGGUCAGACUCGGUGAAGCAAAGAUCCGAAGCUUUUGAAGCCUUCGUCCGUGGUGGGAGUUGACCGAAGGGACUAAGAAAAACAAGAGAAAGAAAACACAGAAAGGAAAGAGAAAAAAGGCAAAGAGAAAAUGUGAAAGCUCUGUAAAUUCGUGUUAUUCUUUGGCUAAGAGUUCAUUACAGACGACCAAGAGGAAGGUAAUGAGUUUGUGACAAAUAAACACUGCUUCGUUUCAUGAACUUUCCAUCGUCAGUAUGUAAUCUAAAACUUAUUUUAAAACCGUGUGAAUUUAGACCAAAAAACUAAAUCUUAUCUAGUGGUACUGACUAGAAAAAAAAUCAAUAUGUUCCUUAGACAAAUGAAAGUGUGAAUCUAUUUAUUACAACGAAGCAAAGACGGAAAAGUUAUUAAAUCUUAAUCGUGUGUGAAAUGUGGAAUCCAAUUCUUUGUUGGAUACUUUCAUAGCAAACCGUCCACGCUGCUUAUCAGGAUGACGACGCCCCCGCCGCUGCAGCCGAAGGAGGAACACCCGACAUUGGGAAGCUUCUUGGAGACGACUCUGGAACACCUCAAUACGACUUUCAGCUUCGACGGAAAUGACUUCGAUAACGACUCCCAAGGAUCGGACUGGCCAGGUCACAACGAGACGGACGAAGCGGCAAGGGACAGCGCAGUCGUUCGGCACCUGUUCCCCGUGUAUCAGGUCCUCAUCACCGCCUUAUACAUCUUCGGCAUAGCGGGGAACAUCUCCGCACUCUAUUUCAUCAAGAAGAGUGAGACGCAGAGAAACCGGAAGCAGACGCUGAUGCUCCGGUGCCUGGCCCUGAACGACCUGGUGGCACUCCUCGGCUCCUUCGUCCUCAUGAACAUGCACCUGUACCUCCCAGUGGCCAACAGCCGGUGGUUCUGCAUGCUGAGGGUGAUCUGGAGGGCGUUUGGACUCGGCUCAGGCUGCGUGGCUUUGGUUAUGGCUGUCGAACGAUGGCUUUCGCUCACUCACCCUUUUACGUAUCAGAGGCACGUCACCCACACCGUCAUCCGGAGAUCCAUCGUGGGCUUGUGGGCUUUCAACCUCCUGCUGGUGUUCGCCCCCUUCUUCGGCUUCGGUCUCUGGUACGAUGAAAACGCCGAGGGCUUGACUCCCUGCGUCCGUUAUCGCUUCGGCACCUCCGUCGUCGACCGCUCCUACGCCUACCUCGUCUUCGCCUUCGGCAUGAUCAUGUGUUGCGUCAUAGUCUGUUGCAACAUGGCCGUCAUCCGGGUCCUGUGCAUGAUGCGGGAGCGCCUGAUGCCUCGCCGCCACUCCAGGACAUCAUGCAGAAGCACCUCCUCCACCUCGGACUCGAAAAUGAACCAUGCAACUAUCGAGGAGCUGUCCUUUGCCCGUCUCAUGGCUGUCCUCUCCAUCCUCUUCGUCAUCUGCUGGGUCCCGCAGCUGCUGACGAUCGUGGUGGCGCAGCUUCACGGUUCAGAUCCAAAGUUCAACAGAAUGUAUCGUAUUCCUGAUGUCUUUAUCGCUCUCAACUUCACACUUGAUCCGUUCCUGUACGUGCUCUUCCGCCGUCACCAGCGCUGCGGGAGUCGCCACCUGAGGAAGCUGAAGGCGUACCUGUGUCCCCAGCGCCGCCAUGAGUCUCCUACGCGCGCCCUCAUCAACGGCUCCGUCAGGUCCUCUUCACAUAACUCCAAUAAUAGCACUGGAAAGGAGGGAAAUAAUUCUUGUGGAGAGGCCACGGCGUCUUCCAACGUACCGAGUACUGAGAAAGAGUACGUCCCCCUCCAGCUCCUUCUGUCCCCCUCGGCCUCCAGCGACGUAUUCAGCGUCCUCAAGUCCUCUCCUUCAUUCAAGAACUUCGGAAGGGGUAAUGCCGUCCCCGUCGACGGAGAGAGAGUCUCCGCCGCGAUCUAUCCGUGAGAAAGCGCAGUUCACCCUCAGCGAAGAAGGCGAUGCAGGGGAGACUCGUAUAAACCCCGCGGAAGCCUUCAGGGCAGAAAAUGGUAAUUCGAAUGAGUGUCGCCAAAUCGGUUUACAAACGACGAAAUCUUGGGUCGCCUUGUCGAAGAACGACCCUUAUUACGCUAGCGACCCCGAGACGGACUCAGAAGAUAAUAAAGUUUCCGCAAAACGGAGCAAACGUUGGUCAUUCUGUUACGGACAAGAAAAUGCGACUGUUUUGUUUCAAAAAGAGCACAAAGGGGAAGACUUUAGAAGAAAAUUCUGGCUGCUAGAGUCGUGGUACCAUCUUGUACCGCGAAUGAAAAGUCACGAGAAUUUGUGGUUGAAAAGAGUCAAGUUUAGUAAAUAAUAUACGUUUUUUUUAAGGCGUUUAUGUCUCCAUGGAAAAGAAUGUGUUCUUAGUGUAUAAGUUAAGCAUCUAGAUAUUAAUCAGAAGUGUAAUAUUCUAUGUGUUUAUUCUGGUUAGCGGAAUACCAGUGAUGUACAUACAAAUACGUAUUUCACAUAUAAACUGAUAAACAAACAUUCAUACAUAUAUUAACAUGUAUGCUCUCUCUCUCUCUCUCUCUCUCUCUCUCUCUCUCUCUCUCUCUCUCUCUCUCUCUCUCUCUCUCUCUCUCUCUCU